AUGGCCAGACAAGGAGAUGGUUUUGAGGGAAACGUGCAACAUCUUCAACAUAAUCCUAUAUACAACUGCAAAACAUGCAACAAGGAUUUUGAACAUGCUAUUCACUGUUACUACUUGGUUGUACGUGUCUCUGAUGACUCAAAGGGAGAAGUCAAGUUUUUGCUUUUCAACAAUAUUGCGGAGAGGCUCAUUAGGAGACCUGCGUUUGAGUUAGUCCAAGAGGCUGGUCAGGAAAAUCCACAUUUUCUACCUCAGUCUCUAACUGAUUUGAUUGGGAGAAAACUUCUAUUUAAGAUUACUAUCGCAACAAGACAAGGUCCCAACAUGACACGCCAUAGUAUCCCGACUGGUCCAGCAGUGUCUGUAGAAGAUGCACCUCGUGAAGCUACUCAAAGUCCAUUCCAACAAACCAAAACCAAUGAAUUCAUUCCUCCACCAAGGUUCAUCGUCGAGGAUCAUCCUGAAGGUUACUACGACGACGGAGAUCCAGGUUGGAAUUGUAAGUUUUGUCAAGCAUAUAUGUGGUAUGGUGAAAGAAUUGGAAAACGCCGGCGUAGUGUCAAUCCUGUAUUCACAAUGUGUUGUAAACAUGGUAAAGUUGUACUUCCUCGGCUCGCGAAUCCUCCAAUGGAGUUAAUGACUUUGUUAUGCAAAGGAGACGAGUUAAGCAAACAUUAUCGAGAGUUCAUACGAGCUUACAAUAUGAUGUUCUCUUUCACAUCUCUUGGGGGGAAGAUAGAUCAUUCUAUUAACAAUGGUCGUGGACCAUUUGUUUUCCGAAUGUCCGGUGAGAACUAUCAUCGUAUUGGUGAUAUAGUUCCCGAGCCUGGACAAGCUCCAAAAUUUUCCCAGCUCUAUAUCAUUGACACUUUAAAUGAGAUCAAAAAUAGACUUGACGCUUAUGCCGGGUCUGACAGAGCUGCUGCUAAGAAACUAAGAGAACCACUUGUUCUUCUUCUGAAGAAUAUGUUAGAUCAGUGUAACCCUCAUGUCAAGGCUUUUAGGUCUGCAAGAGACAGAUUCGACGUGGAAGGAUCAACAGGUUAUAGGAUGAGAUUGAUUGAAAGUCGACAAUCUGAUGGACGGACCCAUAAUCUGCCGACUGCAAAUGAAGUUGCUGCUUUGAUACCUGGAGAUUUUGUUUUAAAUAUGGAGACACGAGAUAUUGUUCUAGAGAGUACAAGUGGAAAGUUGCAAAGGAUAAGUGAAUUACAUCCGGCGUAUUUGCCUCUGCAAUAUCCACUAUUGUUUCCAUAUGGAGAGGAUGGCUUUCGAUUAAAUAUUCCUAUUGGUUUUGAAGACAGCACUGCGAGAAAACGCAAGAAUGUAACUAUGCGUGAGUACUUUGCAUUUCGGAUUUUAGAGAGGAGGUGGGAAGCACCUACAAUUACAAGAUCAGGCAGAUUGUUUCAUCAGUUCCUUGUGGACGCUUACACAAUGAUAGAAUCGAGUAGACUACGUUACUUGUGGCUGAAUCAGAAAAAGCUCCGGUCAAGUAGUUACGCUGCAAUCCAGAAAGCAGCUACAAGAGCUGGAGCUAAGAUGGCGGAACAAGGGAGCCGAAUUUUCAUUCCAGCAACUUUCACCGGGGGAAAAAGGUAUAUGAAGCAGCACUACUAUGAUGCCAUGGCUCUGUGCAAAUACCAUGGAUUUCCCGAUAUUUUCAUCACUUUUACGUGUAAUCCAAAAUGGCCUGAAGUUACAAGGUAUCUGAAAAAAUAUAACCUGACCACCGAAGACAGGCCAGAAAUAUUGUGUAGAGUUUUCAAGAUGAAACUCGAUAAUCUUAUCGGCGAGUUGACUAAAAAGAACGGCUCCUUAUUCGGUCCUGUUGCUGCAGUAAUGUACACGAUUGAGUUUCAAAAAAGAGGAAUGCCACACGCUCAUAUUCUUGUCUUCAUGGAAAAAGGAUCAAAAUUUCCAACAGCCGAUGAUAUAGAUAAGAUUAUUUCCGCUGAAAUACCAGACAAGACAGUAGAUCCAGACCUGUAUGUGAUCGUUGGGGAUUGUAUGAUGCAUGGUCCUUGCGGUGCAGCAAAGAAGGAUAAUGUAUGUAUGGUUAACGGUAAAUGUUCUAAGAUGUUUCCGAAACCUCUCAACAUCAGGACAUCGAUUGACGCAAAUGGAUUUCCAGCUUACAUGCGUCGGAUUGAUGGUAGGUUCAUUGAGAAAAAUGGAAUCAGAUUAGACAAUGGAUUUGUUGUACCAUACAACAGAGACCUCAUGCUUCGAUAUCGCGCCCAUAUGAAUGUAGAGUGGUGCGUCCAAACACGAGCUGUUAAGUAUCUUUUCAAAUAUAUUCAUAAGGGACCUGAUUAUGCCUCAGCUGCAAUGGAUAAAGAAGAUGAAGAUGGCGUCAUUGACGAAAUCAAAACAUAUUACGACUGCAGAUAUAUUACUGCAUGCGAGUCGUCUUGGCGGAUUCUUGCUUUUCCUACACAUUUUCGUACUACUUCUGUAGAGAAACUUGGCUUUCAUCUUCCGGAUCAGGAACUGGUAUUUUUUGAUGAAGACGAACCUAUUGAGAGUAUUCUCAACAAAAAGACUGUCAACCAAUCCAUGUUUUUGGCCUGGUUCAUAGCAAACAGAAAAUAUGCAGAGGCAAGAGAGUUGACAUAUGCGGAAUUUCCAACAAAAUUCGUUUGGAAAUCAGGUACGAGAGAAUGGGUACCACGGAAACGAGGCUUUGCGAUAGGGAGGAUUGCGCAUAUUCAGCCAUCAGGUGAUGAGCUAUAUUUCUUAAGAGUAUUGCUAAACUGGGUAAGAGGGCCGACAUCAUACGAGGAUAUAAGAACAGUUGAUGGUGUUUUAUAUCAUACAUACGAAGAUGCUUGCUAUGCGUUGGGAUUGAUGGAUGAUGACAAGGAAUUCAUAGAAGCUAUCAAAGAUGCCAGUGACUGUAGUUCUGCGACGUAUGCAAGGAAGCUUUUUGCGAGAAUGUUGGUUUCCAAAUCGUUGUCUCAGCCUCAUGUAGUGUGGGAAGCUACUUGGGAGUAUCUUACCGACGAUAUUCUUUACAAGAAGCGGCGAGAAACUGGACGACCUGAUAUGAACUUGACCAUAGAGCAGAUCAAAAAUAUUGCUCUUACUGAGAUCGAAAAUCAUUUGCUCAGCAAUGGUCGUAGCCUCAAGAAAUGGCCCCACAUGCCAAAGCCAGAAAAUUUUGGAGAUUACAACGGCAAUCGCCUUAUAGAUGAUGAGCUUAAUUAUGUUGUGGAAGAUCAGCUAAAGGAAAAUGAAAGACUUAUGGCGAUGAUAACAGAUGAGCAAAGAGGGGUAUACGAACAGAUUCUGGAUGCAGUUUUAAAUGAUAGCGGUGGAGUGUUCUUUCUUUAUGGUUAUGGAGGCACAGGAAAAACCUUCGUAUACAGAGCACUCUCGUCAGCUAUCCGAUCUAAAGGUAUGAUUGUUCUAAAUACCGCAUCAAGUGGAAUUGCAGCAUUGUUGUUGGAAGGAGGUAGAACCGCACAUUCCAGAUUUGGUAUUCCGAUAGAUGCAGACGAAUUCAGCACUUGCAAGAAAAUGGAGCCAGGAUCAGAUCGUGCAGAAUUAGUUAAAGCGGCAAAGUUAAUUGUAUGGGAUGAGGCGCCUAUGAUGAGCAGACACUGUUUCGAGACGUUGGAUCGCACUAUGCGUGAUAUUAUAAGAUCUUGUGAAGAUAAACCUUUUGGGGGUAAAGUUGUUGUUUUCGGUGGAGAUUUCAGACAGAUUUUACCGGUUAUACCUGGAGGUGGUAGAGCAGAGACUGUUUUGGCGGCUCUGAAUUCGUCAUAUCUUUGGGAGCACUGCAAAGUUCUGAAGCUAACAAAAAACAUGAGAUUGCUGGCUGGUCUUACUGAUGAUGCAGCAAAAGAGCUUGAAUCCUUCUCAAACUGGAUUUUGGAUAUAGGAGAUGGAAAAAUAAAUUUGCCUAACGACGGUCAAGUUGAGAUUGACAUCCCUUCUGAUUUGCUGAUACAAAAUAGUGGAGAAGACCCUAUUGAGACUAUGGCAAAAGAGGUUUAUGGACAAGCUUUUCAAACUUCAACAGAUAAGGAUUUGUAUAGACAUCGAGCCAUUCUUACUCCCACAAAUGAUGAAGUGGAUAAAAUAAAUGACUACAUGCUUUCGCAGUUGCCAGGUAACAUGUUUUAUCAUUUAUUCUUAUGUUCAACUAACUUUGUACAUAUCACUAAACAAACGGAUUUACAUAUGCUUUCAGGAGAAGAGAAGGUUUACCUUAGCUCUGACAGUAUUAUCCCAUCCGAUGUUGACAUAGAAGAAAAUGUCGUAUAUCCUGCAGAGUUUUUGAACAGUGUUAAAGUGGCUGGACUGCCUAGACAUUGCUUGAAGCUCAAGGUUGGUGCUCCUAUCAUGUGUCUUCGUAACAUGGAUGUUGCAGAUGGUUUAUGUAAUGGUACUAGGCUAAUUGUUACUCAGUUACUGCCCCAUGUGAUAGAAGGUAGAAUUAUAACCGGAAACAAAAUUGCUGGACAUCCGGUUUGGAUCCCUAGAAUGUUUGUCACACCACCUGACACCAAGUUCCCCUUCAGAAUGCGUCGAAGACAGUUUCCAAUUACUUUGGCUUUCGCGAUGACCAUCAACAAAAGUCAAGGUCAAACAAUGGAAAGUGUUGGGUUGUUUCUGCCUAGGCCAGUGUUCUCUCAUGGUCAGCUCUACGUUGUACUUUCAAGAGUUAAGUCGAGAUCUGGAUUGAAAAUCGUAAUAACUGGUAAAGAAGGGAAAACGCAGACAAAAACGUUGAAUGUUGUCUACAAACAAGUUUUCAGAAUAUUCCAUAGUCACGGUAUGUAAUUUUAAUCUACUUUCUUUUCAAAUACGAAAUUUAAAGUAUAUAGUCUGUUACAAUUAUUUACUUUUUGUAUUUUCCAUAUGGGUAGUGAUGGGUUAGGAACUAAUUGUAUUCAGGAGCAUCCCGUUUUCUGACUAUUUCGAUGAAAGUAUGUCUACUUUAAUAUUAUUUCAUGUUAACUUUUAUUUUCUUACUUAUAAAUCUGUAAAAUAAUGUUCAUCCGACAAAUUACUUACAAUAGUUAUUUAUUUUUUUGCAGGUUUCUAAAUUAUUUUGCAUUAUUUUUCGACAAUUGUACUUCAUAAUUUAUAUUUUUAUGGAUAAUUUUUCGAUUUUUUUAAUAUAUUUUCUUUUACUAUGUCUACACAAAAUUUUAUUUUAUUAUUAAUGGAAACAAAAUAUUUUAUUCUCCAUCAUAGAUUUUAACGACAGAUAUACAAUACAUUUCUAAUUAAUGAUAAUAUAAAAUCUGAAUUUUCUAAAACUAUGCAA